GCCGCUCUAUCCUUUCCAGCUCAACUAUUACACAGGGCGGCAGUUGGAAAGCGGGCAGGCGGGAGAGCUCAGCUGUGCAAAUCCUCUCCAAAGGGCAUCAGCUCCACAUUCUGAAUGGAUUGGCAGUUACAUUAAUAGAUUACACCAAGGAUUUGCAUUUCCUAAAAGGAGAGGAUAACAUCUGUAUAUAUUCUGCUCAAACCUCCCCGCUGGUCCCAAGGAGUGGCUGGUGGAUGCAGGGCUUUGCGUUGGGUUUCUGAAAGUGCCUUGAGACUGAGAUUUUUUUUCCCUCAAAGAAGACAGUUUAAAAUAAUCUGUGGCCAUGGAAGAUUGGGAUGUUCCACAAUUCAAGAAGGAAGUGGAUAGUCUGAAGUAUCAGCUGUCCUACAAAAGGGAAAUGUCCUCCAAAACAAUCCCUGACUUUGUGAAGUGGAUAGAAGACGGAGUUCCAAAUGACCCAUUCCUCAACCCAGAGCUAAUGAAGAACAACCCAUGGGUAGAGAAAGGCAAAUGUGCUAUACUUUGACAUUUUCACACUGUUUGUUGUGUAAAACAAUUGAUUUGUAAAGAAAGAGACUCUCUAGGAGAAUUUUGUUGGAAAAGUCUUUUAAAUUCUUAAACACACGCAUUACAUUUUUUGUACAUUUUAUGGUAACUCCAAGCAAAGUCAUUGUAUGAGUGAUAAUCAACUUCUUUGUACAAAUAGAGAGAAGCAAUGUAAGAGAAAGAUGACAAAUAAAGCAAUAAUUAACGAUAACAAGGCUUCAUUCGGUGUCUGUCAAAGCUGGAAUCCCACGUUUGCUGAAGGUUCCAAUCAGGGCGGAGAUCAAAACCAGUCAUUCAGCCCAGCCAAUGGGGUUCUUCAGUACUGCAGGUCUACAAUUGGAACUGGGCUGCUGGCAGAUGGCACUUCACAUUAAACACGUGUACUUGGGUACCAAUAAGCAACAUUCAGCAAGAGUGGCCUUCUUAGUGGAAAAGUAGAUUCCAAACCUACUAAUUGUCCAACUAAAUUAGUCUCUUGAGCAUGCUCACACCACAGGAUUAGAGUUGCACAGGCUGGAGCUCAGAUAUUAGUGCCAUUUGACUCGAACUUGCCUUCCUUGAGAAAUGGCAAUGGAAAGCUAAGCUCAUCUGCUUUGUCUUCGGACCCGUGGGAGCUCAAG